CCUAGCCUGGCCUGCUGAGAGUUCCUAGAGGACUAAAGGAUGUUUAAAGGAAAACAAAGAGGGCAAGAGUAACAUAUCUGAGUGCUGGAGCAAGGGGGAGUACAGUAAAGAUCUUUGUGGAUCAAAAACAUUUAAAAGAUGUGGUGACUAAAAGAAUCAGUCUUGUGGCCUGUAUAGUACAUAGUGUCUUAACGAUGGGGUUUGGGAGUGACCUGAAAUAUUCUCAUGAUGCUUUGUUGAAAUUGCAAGACUGGGAGCUACGACUACUGGAAGCAGUGAAGAAAUUCAUGGCCAUGCGAGUAAAAAGUGACAAAGAAUAUGCAUCCACUUUACAGAAUCUUUGUAACCAGGUGGAUAAAGAGAGUACUUUCCAGUUGGAUUAUAUUAGCAAUGUGUCCAAGUCUUGGCUGCUUAUGGUUCAGCAGACAGAACAACUCAGCCGAAUCAUGAAGACUCACGCAGAGGACCUUAAUUCUGGGCCAUUACAUAGGCUUACAAUGAUGAUUAAAGAUAAGCAGCAAGUAAAGAAGAGCUAUGUGGGAGUUCACCAGCAAAUUGAGGCAGAGAUGUACAAGGUUACAAAGACAGAAUUGGAAAAAUUAAAAGCUAGUUAUAGACAAUUAAUAAAAGAAGUAAAUUCUGCCAAAGAGAAGUAUAAAGAAGCUGUGGCUAAAGGAAAGGAGACUGAUAAAGCCAAAGACCGUUAUGAUAAAGCCAACAUGAAACUACACACAUUGCAUAAUCAAUAUGUACUGGCACUGAAAGGAGCACAGUUAUAUCAGCACCAAUAUUAUGACACUACUCUCCCCCGGCUACUUGAUUCACUACAGAAGAUGCAAGAAGAAAUGAUUAAAGCAUUGAAAGGAAUCCUUGAUGAAUACAGUCAAAUCACCAGUCUUGUAACAGAAGAAAUAGUGAAUGUCCAUAAAGAGAUUCAGACUUCCGUUGAACAGAUUGACCCAAACACAGAGUACAGUGGCUUCAUAGAAACUCACAGGUCACCAGAGGUUGUAGAACAAGAAAUAGAAUUUGAUACAUCUUUACUGGAAGAAAAUGAAAAUCUUCAAGCCAAUGAGAUUAUGUGGAAUAAUUUAACAGCAGAAAGCUUGCAAGCCAUGCUGAAAACAGUAAUAGAAGAACUGAUUCAGACACAGCAGACACUUCUGAAUAAAGAAGAGCAAGUCCUGGAAUUAGAGAAGAAGUUAGAAGAAUCAUCCAAGACCUGUGAAAAGAAAUCUGACAUUGUGCUUUUGCUGAGCCAGAAGCAAGCACUGGAAGAACUCAAACAAACAGUUCAGCAGUUAAGAUGCACUGAGGCAAAAUUUGCAGCACAGAAAGAGCUCUUGGAACAAAAGGUGCAAGAGAAUGAUGGGAAAGAGCCACCUCCCGUAGUAAAUUAUGAAGAGGAUGCCAGAUCGGUCACUUCUAUGGAUAAGAAGGAUAAGGUGUCUAGGUUUGAUACUAUUCGUCACUCCAUAGCUGGGAUUAUAAGAUCUCCAAAAUCCAUGUUGGGCUCUUCUUCGUGCCUUCCGGAGAAUGUAUCAGAGGAACCUUGUACUUCCUCAAACACCCAGGAGUUUAGUAAAGCUCAGUUCUUCGAUGUAAUAUCAACCAGCGAGAAGCCGUUGGCAGAGCAAGACUGGUAUCAUGGUGCAAUUCCAAGAAUAGAAGCCCAGGAGUUAUUAAAACAGCAAGGAGACUUCUUAGUGCGAGAGAGCCAUGGAAAACCUGGUGAAUAUGUCCUUUCUGUGUUUUCAGAUGGACAACGGAGACACUUUAUCAUACAAUAUGCUGAUAAUCAGUAUAGAUUUGAAGGAACUGGAUUUCCCACUAUUCCUCAACUUAUAGACCAUCAUUACACAACAAAACAAGUCAUUACAAAGAAAUCAGGGGUAGUUCUCCUCAAUCCUGUUGUUAAGGAUAAGAAAUGGGUUCUCAAUCAUGAAGAUGUCACACUGGGAGAAUUGCUUGGCAAAGGUAAUUUUGGUGAAGUGUAUAAGGGAACGUUAAAAGAUAAAACUCCUAUUGCUGUAAAAACUUGCAAAGAAGAUCUUCCUCAGGAACUGAAAAUAAAAUUUUUAUCAGAAGCCAGAAUACUCAAGCAAUAUGAUCAUCCCAAUAUUGUGAAGCUUAUAGGAGUUUGCACUCAAAGGCAGCCUAUUUAUAUAGUUAUGGAACUUGUUCCAGGAGGUGAUUUCCUUUCCUUUUUAAGAAAGAAGAAAGAUGAGCUAAAAAUCAAACAGUUAGUGAAAUUUUCGUUAGAUGCUGCUUCUGGUAUGGCAUAUCUCGAAUCUAAUAACUGUAUACACAGGGACCUUGCUGCAAGAAACUGCCUGGUAGGUGAAAAUAAUGUCCUGAAAAUCAGUGACUUCGGAAUGUCUCGUCAAGAGGAUGAUGGAGUAUAUUCAUCUUCAGGCUUGAAGCAGAUUCCCAUUAAGUGGACUGCUCCAGAGGCUCUCAACUAUGGGAGAUACACUUCUGAGAGUGAUGUGUGGAGCUUUGGGAUCCUUCUGUGGGAGACCUUCAGUCUAGGAGUGUGUCCAUACCCUGGAAUGACUAAUCAGCAAGCACGAGAACAAGUGGAGAAAGGAUAUCGAAUGUCAGCACCUCAGAAGUGCCCAGAGGAAAUAUAUAAAAUAAUGCAGAGAUGCUGGGACUACAAACCCGAAAACCGACCAAAAUUCAAUGAGAUUCAAAAAGAGCUGUCUGCAAUCAAAAAGAAAGUGACAUAGUGAUUAAGUAGUGCCAAACUCGACUUACUGGACUUUAUUUUCCAGCAAAGUAAUAUUUUUCCCUCAUAAACACUUUGCGUUUCUACCACAUUACUUGCAAUAUUCUUCUGGGUUACUUUUUAAAAUUAACUGUGUUUUAUAUAUAUGUAAUGUGCCAUCUUGGAAAAUGUCUUAAGCCUACGUUAAAGCCGUAGAUGAUUUUGCCAAGCACUAUGUAUCCAGUCACAUUAAUAGUGUCAUGUAGGAUUUGUGUAAAUAGAAAAGCCCAUAAUAUAGAUUUAUGGGACUGUGGCUCCUCUAUUUUACAGUCAUUAACUGCUAGUGACAUUUCUCAGACGUUUUCUACUUCACACUAUAGUCUCAAUCUGCUAUCCCUGUCACAGAUAUCGGCGCCAGUGGCGCUAAAAACUUGGUGGCUGUGCCAUGUGUCUGAAAGCCUUAAAUCUGAAGGCACAGCUUUUUUGUAGUGUUUCAGUUAGGAACUUUAUAUUUGUAAAAUUCUUUCUGCGACUGGUAUUUUCAAAUGAUAUACUGCUUUCAGAGGGAAUAUCUGAAGAUUCUGGAUAUGCACAUAUUCUGUUUAAACAAUGAAAUCCAGAACUGUGUGUAGUAUACUGUUCACAUCAAUUACAAGGGCAUCCUUAGAUUACUGUUACGAUUAGGUUACUGUUGCUUCCAAGUCAUGGGAAAUAUUUUUAACUUUGGAUAUUAUUUACUUAAUUUUGUCAUGGAAAAAACAGCAGUUUAUCAGGAAUCAAUCUGCACAGAUCACCUUUGCAAUGGGCCAGCUUUUUUCUACAAGGCUAACAACCAGCCUGCGUAAUAUGUAUCUGUCAGGAAAUAUGGCAAAUCUUCUGCCUUCUGAAAUACAGGUAGCAGCAGACAUAGUUGUUUUUGAAUGUGCAUGUACAGAAAUGCUGUCAGCAAGGAGCAGGUUUGAGAACAACAGUGGCACAUAAUGAUAGUAACUAGUAGCAUUGGGUUUUUUUAAAUGAGUAAAGGAAAGUAAACUGCCAGAUUAGCUUUCAGAGGUUUUUUGAUGUGUUUCUGAAAUUUCAAAGAACUGAUGUUCCUUUUCUGUAUGCAGGCAGUCAGUAAAAGGAUGUGUAUAAAAAAAAAAAGGAAAGUAAGUACAUUCCAUGCAUACUGUCCAAAGAAAAAGGCCACUGCUCAAUAUCAGAAUUUUUUUUUCCCCAAAUGAAACCAAAACAAGGAAAUGUCACCUUUUUUCAGCCUCUGGCAGGCUGAACAAAACAUAGGUAGAAACAGUCUAUAGAACUCUUUCUUUGUUAUGUUGGAAGUGGAAGAUUUUUAUAUUCACACUAUUAAGGACAAAAAAAAUAACAUUCCUAUAACAGCAAAAGACAAAGAAGUCUG